ACCAAGAAAGAAAGAAGCUGCUUUUGGCGUUGGUUCUCGUCGGAACAUGGGUAAGCGGAGGAGUAACAGAAGAAGGGGGAGGCACCGUUCGGUACCGAAGGUUUCGCCGGAGGAGGAGACAUCUGCCAGUCCCCUUCCCAUGCAAGAUACUUGUGAGGCGAAGAGCGAGCAUGAUGAGAAAAAAGAGUCUUCAUCUGGAUGUGAAGAUAGGUCUGCUGCAGAGACAAGCAGGCCUCAAAGAACGCCAUUGAGUGUACCUGCUGCAUCUGUUGACAAUAUUAGUGUAGGAACUUCAUCGAUAGCUGCUAAUUUGCAAGAACUUAGUCUGAAAAAGGAGGAUCAUGGUGCACUAUCUGCUGAGGAGAGACCUGCAGUAAUAAUUCCUAAUCACUUGCAAGUUUCUGAUGCUGACUUAUCACUUUUCAAGUUUGGUAGUUUUAAUGUUGAUGAGCUUCAGAAAAUUGUAAGAUCAUAUACAACGCAACCAAUUCAUCAUCGAUCAUAUGUUAGAAACCAAAAUUAUGAACAACUUAAGUCUCUAUUAGAGGAAACUCAGGCAAGUGUAGCUUCCUCACCUGAUAUUGUUCUGAGUGCUUUAGGGAGAAGUUCAACUUCACAACCAGAAAUCGCCAGAACUGAGUCAUUAGACCUUGAACAUGGACCUCAGCACAACUUUUUAUCUGUCUUUGACUACUCAUUGCCAAGCAGCAUUGGCAUUGGUCCAGAAGGCUACUUACAACAACAAAAUCCAUAUCCUGCCUCAUAUUUAGCGCACACAAGGUCAGAUACCACCACUUCAUCUCAUUCAACACAGCAGUCAUUGUCUACCACAAGUAUCCACACUGGCCAGAUGCAACCUCAACAUUUACCUGUCGACAGAAAUUCUCAGUCAACCUUUCCUACUAAUUUCGUCUUCCCAUUUCAGCCUCAAAGCAAUGCUUAUCCAUACCGUUUGCCUACAACCAGCAACCUUCAACAAAGGCAAACAUUGAAUCCUUUUGCACCACCUUUUAUACCAGUUCGGCAUAAUCAACCUUCAACCAUGCAACUGACAGAAAGGAAUUAUUAUAUCCCUCAGCAGAGCUUUCCCAGACCAAUGCCAGCUAUGCUCACCAGCACACCCAGCAACCUUCCCACAGAGUUGCAGGAACAUCAAUGGAACCUUCCUUCAGGGAACUCGAGUGACUCUGAAGACCCGCAGUCGGAUUACUCUGAUCAAAUGUAGGGGAACCAACAGUACAUUCUAUUCCUCUGGGAUUAUAUGGGUGUUUCAAUACUUGUAUUUUGUACUAUUGACAUGGCUAUAUAGUAUCAGAUCCUGGUUUUUCGGUUGCAUGACACACAAUAAGAAACAUUUAGCUAGCUACUGAGGUUUGAUGUAUUUUAGAAAAUCAGUGUGUUGUAGCCAGCACAAAAUACGGCAAUUUCUCCAUCUUCCGGUAAAUAUUGA